UAUAUCCCCUAAAAUAAGCGGCAAGCGGUUUGAAGGACGGGUUUUCUUUGCUUGUAUGAAUAAAAUGUGAAAAUUAAAUUUAAUAAGAAAUAUUUCUUAGAUGCUUUCUGGAUGUCAUGAGUCUCGCGUCAUUACGUAUCUGUUUACGUUUUCUGUAGAUCUGACCGUCUCAUCCAUAGAUAUGUUUAUUGAGCUGAUAGCUGAGUUAAUCGAUUGAUCGUUGGUUUUUCCCUCGGCGAUUUUGAUAGUUUAGACCAGUUGUGUUUUGUGUGGUGAAAUCUAAAAGUGUCAACAUGCCUUGUGUUCAUUAUAAGUUUCGAAGUAAACUCAGUCACGACACGAUCCUGUUUGAAGGCGUUCACAUCACUGUGAGAGAGUUAAAACAACAAAUCAUGAGACGCGAGAGACUCAAGCUCUGUGACCUAAAGAUCAGCAGCGAGCAAAACAAUGAAGAAUACACUGAUGAUGAAGCUCUCAUUCCCAACAACACGUCAGUCGUUAUCAGACGAAUCCCUGCUGUUGGGCUCAAAUCCACAAACAAAAGAUUUGUCAAUAAUCGGCCUGAACCAUCGUGUGGAUCUUCACAAACAGUUGGUGAUUCUUCACCAGUUUCACUGGAUCUGCUUCUGAAGACUGAGAAUCUGGCUGAGGCAAAUGCAUCAGAGGAGGACAAACUCAAAGCUGUGAUGUACCAGUCCAGUCUGUGCUAUUAUUCCAGCAGGUGAGU